UUCGUUCCGAGUUGCACGUUUGACUUGUAUUUUUGUCUCUCUACAGUUGUAGAUACAUCAUGACGCUCGUUAUGAGCAAAAUGAUACAGUGGCGUACCGCGUUGCAGAAUGCGUCAGUUUACGCAAAACACUGCCUCUUGAAAAGCCGGCCUGAGCAGCUCAGGGCAUCAAUCUCCACUGGGCCGAGGCAGCAGAAUGGAACCUUCUAUGAGUUCCGCACCUAUUUCAUCCAACCCCAUCUCAAUUCUGCUUUUCUCAAAUUGACCAAUGAGAAGAUCACCCUUCGGACCUCCCAUUCAGAACUCCUUGGCUACUGGACUGUGGAAUAUGGGGGUCUCAAUCAGGUUUUCCACAUCUGGAAGUAUGACAGCUAUGCCCAGCGGGCAUCUGUGCGGGCAGCCCUGGCUCAGGACUCCAGCUGGAUAGAUCAGUACAUAUCUAAAGCCAUGCCCAUGUUGACCUCUCAGGAUAAUGAAGUGACAUACCUCGUACCUUGGAGUCAAAUUCAGAAGCCACCCAAAGAGGGAGGUGUUUAUGAGCUGGCUACUUUCCAGUUGAAGCCGGGGGGCCCGGCGGUGUGGGGUCAGGUGUUUCAGAAAGCAGUAGGUACCCGCACAGGAUCAGGGUACGCCCACUCAGUGGGUGUUUUUCACUCUGAAUUUGGGCAACUUAAUCGAGUGCAAGUUUUAUGGUGGUAUGAGAGCGCUGACCAGCGAGCAGCGCUACGACGGCACUCUCAUGAAGAUGCCAGAGUGGUGGCAGCAGUAAGGGAGAGUUCUGCAUAUCUGGUGUCACAGAAGAACAAACUCAUGUUCCCCUGUGCAUUCUCACCACUGAAAUAGCCUGGACUCGGUUUGAUGGGACUUUGAGACUCCAAAUGAAAGACAAAUAAAUGAACUGAUUCAGAUGAUGCAGUAAAGACGAGCUGGUCUCUUGACAUUUCGUUUUCAAAAGUCCCUGUUGUGUCCAUCAUUGAACAAAACUAUUUCCUCCCUGAAAGCCUCAAACUUUUCCAGAAACUGUUCAGUGAGUGGUAUGUGCAUGUCAUCUCAUCCCUCUACAAUAAAUGAUUCCAUGUCUGUUAGAUUUGAUAGAUAUUCAUGCCUUUAUCAAUCGUUAACUUACAUUUAGCAUAAAUUGGAUUUCUGCAUGGAUUUAAUUUAUUGAUAAUGUGCGAAACACUGGAAAAGAGAAAGAAUUCUUCAUGUGUGAACUCUGGAGGGAAUAGCGCACGUGUGUGUCAUAACCUAAUAUGUGAAUAGAGCAAUAAAAAAAAACAUUUAUUUUCUCUUUA